AUGGCCUUCGCCAGCCGCCCGCCCACCCAGCUCCUGCUCGGGCGACUCACCAGGCAGUUGCGCCCGCGGCGUGGGGCCUGCGCGCGGACCAUGGUUCCCGACCGCUGCUUCGCCCUGGAGCUCCCCGACUGCACUUUGGCUCACUUCACUCUUCGCGCCGACGCCCCUGGCGAUCCUCAAGGAGCCCGCUGGGAUCCGCGCCUGGCAGCGAUUCUGGGCUCCCCGGGACGCAAUUACUCCCUCUGCUUGCCGGUGGCGCCUGACGCCGGCUACGGGGCCCGGGUCCGGGCUGCCAAGCUGCACCAGCGGCUGCUGCAUCAGCUGCGUCGCGGCCCGUUCCAGCAGUGCCAGCUGCGGAGGCUGCUCUCCUACUGCCCCGGCGGCCAGCCUGGGAGCGCGCAGCACGGCUUCCUGCUCCACGACCCCUGGGACUGCCUGGAAACCAGGCGCGCUCUGGUUGAGCUGCUGCGAGCGUGCGAGGAGAGCCCGCACCCGCACCUGGGGGAGUUUGAGACCGACCCUCACGGCCAGCUGUGGCAGCGGCUGUGGGCGCUGCAGGACGGCCAACAGGUGGAGGUGGGCUCCGCGCUGGUGAUGCCCACUCAGGAGCCCCCGCUGCACCCCGUUUUGCCUGACCUGCCCAGCUCCGUGGUUUUCCCCAGCCGGGAAGCAGCCCGGGCAGUGUUGGAGGCGUGCACAUCCUUUAUUCCUGAAGUCCAAGCGGUGCUUGACCUGGUCGACCAAUGCCCAAAGCAGGUCCAGAAAGGAAAGUUCCCAGUUAUUGUCAUAGAAGGACUGGAUGCCACGGGUAAAACCACAGUGACCCAGUCUGUUUCGGAUUCACUGAAGGCUGUCCUCUUAAAGUCACCUCCUUCUUGUGUUGCCCAGUGGAGGAAAAUCUUUGAUGAUGAACCAACUAUCAUAAGAAGAGCUUUUUACUCUUUGGGCAAUUAUAUUGUGGCUUCUGAAAUAGCUAAAGAAUCUACCCAGUCUCCUGUGGUUGUAGACAGGUACUGGCACAGCACAGCCACUUACGCCUUAGCCACUGAGAUAAGUGGUGGUCUCCAGCACCUGCCCCCAGCCCAUCACCAUAUAUACCAGUGGCCAAAGGACCUGCUCAAGCCAGACUUGGUCCUGCUGCUCACCGUGAGUCCUGAGGAGAGAAUGCGGAGGAUCGCAGGCCGGGGGAUGGAGAAGACCAGAGAAGAAGUUGAACUUGAGGCCAACAAUGUAUUUCGUCAAAAGGUAGAAGUGUCCUACCAGCGGAUGGAGAACCCCAGCUGCCAUGUGGUUGAUGCCAGCCCUUCUAGAGAGAAGGUCCUCCAGACUGUUUUAAGUCUAAUUAGAAAUAAUUGUAAUUAAUUGUAGUUACUCCUGGCAGGUGACGCAUUUUAUUAGAUUCGAUAUUGUUUGACAUAUCUAAACCCACAACUUCUUGUACAGUUUUCCCAGAUUUCUUUUGUAUUAGCAUGUCAUGUGGCAGAAAAUUAGACAUAGGACAUUUUAAUUUUACCUAAACCGUUGUACUGUCUUCUGAGUGAUAGAUGCAUCAAUUUAAGAUGGGUUGUAUUCCCUUGAGACAGAGGUGGUUUCUUUUCUGCCUGGUAUGUUAAACCUGUUCUUGGAACAUAUUUCUAACUACAUCACUACCAAAUCCCCUUGAAGAUUUGCCGUAUUCAGAAAGCAUCAGGUGUGCAGCAAAAUCUUCUAUUUCAACUGGAAACCCUUCCACUCUCUCCCACUUCCACACCCUGGCAAGCUGGUGAUAUUUUAAUGUGACCCAUGUUGCCUUCUGUCAGAUAUGUUUGCACUUUGUCACUGUGGGCUAGCUGUAUCUCCAUCAGACCCAAUUCCUAUAGCCAAGCAUUUCCACAGAAUGUGUUCAAGUGCCCUGACUGUUGAAAGACACCUUCUAUGGAGCCAUCUUCUGUCUGAGGCUUAGAACCCUUUAGAGCGUCCCCUGGGUUAGCACUUUAAAGUUGAAUAUAGAGACAUAAAACACAAAAUGCUCUACGUACAAAUACAACAGCUUUCUGUGAAUUAUAUUUUGCCUAUUUCUAUUCCUUCCCUUUCUUCUGUAAAUAUGGCUCUGAAUAUAAUAAGCUUUUUGCAUCAAACUGGAUGCAUUUAACUUAGCUGAUCCAGCAGUUUAUUGAUAUUGAUGUUUAUUGUUCAUGGACUAUGAUUCACUAAUUAAAACUGAAGCCAAGAAGCUUUGUAUUUUUAUUACACAAACUUAAUUUAUCUUGAUAAAUAAGCACAGUGGAUCCUGGAAUGUUGUCUAUCAGUAAAUUUUCUUGCACUUGACUAUCUUAUGAUUACAUGUGGAAUCAGUUUGAGAUCUAUGUACAUAGGGUUUUUUGUUUUUUGUUUUUGGAGGAAGGGGAGAACCUUAAUAGCUAUCUGGCCUUGGGUGAGUCAUUUAGCACCUACAGGUCAGGUUAUUUGAACUAAAAACUGGUAAUAACUCUUUAUUUGCCUUAAGGAGUUGGCUGAGCCAGGUGAUUACCUAAAAUCCCUUCCAGUUCUAAGAUAUACCAAUCUAUAAAGUAUUUUUUAUCCUGCUUACUAUUUCUUAAGAAAACAUUCCCAAAAAAUAAUUAAAUUUAAGGCCUUAUCAGCUUUACCAUUGUCUUAGAUAUCUAGUGCUGCUAUAACAGAAAUACCACAAGUGGAUGGCUUUAACAAAGAAAUUUGUUCUCUGA